AUGGAUCACCUGUUGCUGCUGCUGCUGCUGUGGAGCUCAGGAAUCAGUGAGAGAAAUCAGAGUUCAGCAGAGCCUGAUGAAGUCAGGUUGGUGGGAAAAGCCAGUCACUGUGGAGGUACACUGGAGAUGAAGCACGUGAGAAAAUGGAGACCAGUAGACUUCUAUAACUGGACCCUGAAGAAAGCAGCUGUGGUCUGUGAACAUCUGGACUGUGGCUCUGCUGUUUCUGUACAAGAGAGAAAGUCCCCACGGAGAUUCGUAUGGUCGAUCAGACCUGACUGCUUUCAGUCCGGAUCUAAGUUGGGGGACUGUUUACGACUGUUACCCUCUACCACCAUCCUCAAUCUCACCUGUUUAGACUCUGUCAGGCUGCUGAACGGUUCCAGUCUGUGUUCAGGGGGACUGCAGGUGAAGUCUAGCCAGAGAUGGUCCUCAGUGUGUGAAGCUGACUUUGACCUGCAGGAUGCAGAGGUGGUCUGCAGGGAGCUUGGCUGUGGGCCUCCUUCGCUCCUCCAGGGGGCGCUCUAUGGGGAAGCGGAGGCUCCAGUGUGGAGCAGAGAGUUCCAGUGUGGAGGCCAUGAGUCUGCUCUCCUGGACUGUCGAAGCUCAGGCUCAGCUAGAAGCAGCUGCUCACCUGGCAAAGCUGCUGGACUCACCUGCUCAGGUAGAAGAGGAGCUGCAGCUUGGGCUCAAACUCACUUUGUUCUCUCACUGAUGACUCUCUGCUUUCUGUCAGAGCCUGUCAGGUUGGUGGGAGGAGCCAGUCGCUGUGCAGGUACACUGGAGGUGAAACACCUGGGAGAAUGGAGACCAGUGGAUGACAAUGGUUGGACCAUGAAACCAGCAGCUGUUGUCUGUGAACAUCUGGACUGUGGCUCUGCUGUUUCUGUUGGAAAAAAAAUGUCCACAUACAGAUUUGUGUUGAAGAUCAAUCCUGAUUGUUUCAAGCUGAGAUCUUCCCUAAGGGAAUGUGUAGAACCAUCUUACUCUUCCUCUGUGCUCAGUGUCACCUGUUCAGACCUGCUGGCUCAGCCAAGCAUUAUUGUCCCCGCCUCCAUGGACGGGGUCUCUGAGGCACAGCAGCAGGGGCUUCGGGUGUCCAGGGGCUCCAGCUUGACCAUCAGCUGCUCCAUCCAGCCACAGUUCCCAGGAGGCUCCUUCCAGCUCACCUUCACUUCCUCCAACACAGCAUACAACUACACCCAGCCAGCUGUCAAUCACUCUGCCCACUUCCUGUUUCCUGUCACAGAGCCCGCCCACCAAGGAAACUACAGCUGCUUUUAUCGUGUUUAUGUUUUUUCUCACAACUUCUCCUCUGAGAGCCGCCAGCUGUCUGUGACUGUCUCAGGUCAUCCAGAUCCCACAGGCUUCAUCAUCAGAGCGCUCGUCCUGCCACUGAUCCUGCUGUUGGAGAACGUUGUCCUGUAUUUCUACUGUAAGGCCAGCAGGGGGCAGAGGCUGGGCAGACCGGAGAACAACAAGCUGGUUAACUUUGGUGUUGGUGCAGCUGAAGAAGGGCCGGCUGAAGAGGAAGGAGCUCAUCUCAUAUCCAGAUGAAGUUCUCAGCUCAUCCAUCACCUCAGUCACAGAUUUUACUUUCUUUCUACCAAAGAUUCUGUUAAUCAGUCAGGCUGGAAUGAUUCUGUUGUUUUCUUACUGCCAGCAUGAAAAGACCAAAACCAUCAAAGUGUUUCAGGUUUUUAAUCACAUUUUUACACAGAAACUGGCCCCUAAUGUACCUGCUGUUCAACACUGACUGCAGGGAAGUGUAACCAGAGAUGGUCCUCAGUGCGUGAAGCUUGACCUGCAGGAUGCAGAGGUGGUCUGCAGGGAGCUUGGCUGUGGGCCUCCUUCGCUCCUCCAGGGGGCGCUCUAUGGAGAAGCGGAGGCUCCAGUGUGGAGCAGAGUCUGCUCUCCUGGCAGAACUUUAUAUAAAUAAAGGAUAUUUGUUCUGCCUUUUAUAUGUUACGCUGGAUAAUACAGUUUAGUAAUCUGCCCUAGAGCCCCCUCUAGUGGCUGAUUUGUAAUAUUAUUUUGAUUACUUUGGAAAAAGAAAAAUAGAGGAAGUGGAAAAUCCAAGAUGGCUGAACGUAAUGCUGAAGCAUUAUCGUUCCAAGCUGAAAAUGUUGCUUUGGACGAGAUUUGUCCGUAAGUAUGAGUGAUGAUUAAAUAAUAAUUGUCUCUUGUUGUGUUUAAAACUUUGUUUAAUUGAGUAUGAAAGUUUUAUCUUGUUAGCUUGCAGUAAGCUUGUAACAAGCUAGUUUGCAAUGUUAGUUAGCUAAUACAAUAUUUUGUAUGUUUUCAGUUUUACAAUGGUCAAAGAGAAGGUCAGAGGCCAUCAUUCAAUAAAUCAGCACAAAAAAGGAAAAUGAGUCUGAUUACUGGAGCAUUGUUAGCUCGCUGGUGAAAACCAGGAACCUGAGGGCGAGGACAGCACACCAUUAACUUUCAAUAGUGCCUUUUCUCAUUGAUUUUCUAGUUGAUUGAUUUGAUCCUCGUCAGCAGCCGUGUUACAGAGAAGGUAAAAGAAACAAGCU